UCUUUCCAUCAUUGUACUCGUGCAGUUCAACGGAACAACAGCAGCAGCAGCAGCAGCAGGAAAACAUCACAAGAAUAAAAAAUAUACCCAAAACCACGAUCGCAAUGGGUGUCGCGUUUAAGUUCGGAAUAGUGUUGUCGGCGUGCGUGUGUUUGGCUUUGGCCGACCCGAUACCGGCGGCAAAGCAGCAGGACGACGGAUGCGCAAAUAACCCGGACUCGUUCGAAUGCGCGCAGAUGCAGUUCUACAGGGCCGCCCGGCGGUUCUUCGACCAGGACAAAGUCGAGCUUAUGGGAGGAUUCUCCUUGGUCAAGACCGAGAAAAAGGGCAGAUCGUUGGCCGCCGAGAACACCGAAGACAUCAACAACGUGGAGAACGCCAAGGACUCCAACGACCGCGAGGCCGCCCUUGAGGACUUCACCAUGCACAAGGUCAUGCGUUUCUUCCAGGAAAGGACCCUCCACUGGAACCUCUCGCCAAUCAUCACCGAAGUCUCCGAAACCGCCCGCAGCGUUGCUGACCAGAUCCCGAGCCAGUUCAAAAACAAAAUCGCCAAUUACAUCGAAGAAGGCCGUGGUAUGAUGAAGAAGAAGAAAUUCAUGAAACAACUUAUCCCACUCUUGAUCGCAUUGAAAGUCAAAUUGUCCGCAUUCGCCGUUAUCGCUUACAUCGUCAUCGCUUUGAUCGCCAAGAAGGCAUUAUUGGCCAGUUUGAUUUCCCUGCUCGUCUCCGGAUUCAUCGGCAUCAAGAAAUUGUUGGCCAGCCAACACCACGCACCUCAUCACGAAGUGAUCGAAACUCACGCCGGACACGCCAGCUACGGUAGCAGCGCCCCGAGCGGUUACAGCGCAUCGAGCUCCGGCUGGGACAGCUACGGAGGAGGUCACGACGCUCACGGAUCGUACUCCAGCAACGUAGCCCAGACCUUGGCCUACGGCGGACAAAAGCCAGCAGCCAGAUAGAUAUUACGACGUGAAAGGCAAGCCUAGCUUUGUAUAUAUUUAUUUAUAAUAUUUGUGCACGGUCUUGCCUGAUGUCCCGAUCACCACCAACGAGAUACGGGAGAACAUAGCAAUAUCGCAACAAGAAAACAAAAAAAAAAAAAAAAAUUAUUUAUUUUAAAUCGCAUCAACUCAACAUCCAUAAGCAUCAUCAUCAUCAACAACAACUCCGACGCGGCGCACAACACACACACAUACACACACACACACGCACGCACGCACGCACGUAUGAUAUAUUAUUACCAUAUUGUACGACUCGUAAGUGUAACAUUAUACUCUACAUAACAACGCACUACGCGGAGACACGACGAGCCAUCGACUGCGGACAUUUUUUUUUUUUUAUCCCAACCGUCGAUGAUGUUCGAACGCUCCUCGCAGUGCGCCCGCGCGUGUAUUGUUACCGUUGUAAUACGUACGUAGACGCUACUGCUACUACCGCGACUACCACUACCAUUACUACUACCCAGUUAAUACCAAUACUACUACUAAUACUACCGCGACGUACACAUAUUGACUGACGACCGACCCGCUGUUAUAUUAUCCCCCUACCCUUCCCGCGACUCGUUAAUUUAUUUUUAAUUUAUACAAUAAUAUUAUAUCACGUACCGCAUAUAAUAUUAUUAUACUGUUGUACUAUACAUACUUCGCUACCGUAUACUUGUAACAUUAGGUCGACACUGACCCGGCAGUUAUUGUGCGCGCGUCAGUGUCAUCCACUACACGACUGACAAACGUUGACUGAACGUAAUACGUUAUUAUAAACGUUAUGACGACGUACACUUACCAUUUUCAAAAAAAAAAAAAAAAAAAAAAAC